AGUGCAUUCCCUCAAUCAUCAACCUGCCGGGGGGACAGAUGCACCGUUUACAUUUCUUGAAAAAAUAGUGAUAACCUUCCCAAGCAGAGGCUGUAAAGACAGGAAAAAGCAGGAAAGCCGCCCAGCAGUUCCUCCACCAUGACGGUCUCAGAGAGCCCCGUGGGGACCUUCGUGACCUGGGACUACGUGGUCUUCGCCCUGCUCUUCGUGGUCUCCUCAGGGAUAGGGGUCUUCUUCGCCAUCAAGGAGAGGAAUGCCGACUCGUCCAAGGACUUCCUGGUCGGGGGCCGGCAGAUGACGUGUGUCCCGGUGGCCCUGUCCCUCACGGCCAGCUUCAUGUCGGCCGUCACAGUGCUGGGGGCUCCGGCCGACGUCUACCGUUUCGGGGCCUCCUACAUCCUGUACGCCAUCGCCUACACCUUCGUGGUGGUGGUGACUGCCGAGCUCUUCGUCCCGGUCUUCUACGCCUCAGGGAUCACCAGCACCUACGAGUACCUGGAGCUCCGGUUCUGCAGGAGUGUGCGUGUGAUGUCCACGCUGCUCUACCUGGUGCAGACAAUUCUCUACACAGGAGUAGUGGUGUACGCCCCGGCCCUGGCCCUCAACCAAGUGACAGGCUUCAACCUGUGGGGCUCUAUAGUGGCCACGGGCAUUGUGUGCACGUUCUACUGCACCUUGGGGGGGCUGAAGGCAGUGGUCUGGACGGAUGCCUUUCAGAUGGUGGUCAUGGUGAUGGGUUUCCUCUCCGUGCUGAUCCAGGGGGCCCAGAGUGUUGGGGGGGUGGAGGCCAUGUGGAGCAAGGCCCAGGCGGGGGGCCGGCUGGAUGUCUUUGACUUCGACCCCAACCCGCUGAGACGACACACCUUCUGGACGCUGUCCAUCGGGGGCACCUUCACGUGGCUGGGCAUCUACGGGGUCAACCAGUCCGUCAUCCAGAGAUGCAUUUCCUGCAAGACCCAGACCCACGCCAGACUGGCGCUGUACCUCAACCUCCUGGGUCUGGUGGUCAUCCUGUGCUGCGCGGUGUUCUGCGGCCUCCUCAUGUAUGCCUUCUACGCCGACUGCGACCCGUGGUCCGCAGGGCGCGUGUCAGCCCCAGAUCAGCUCAUGCCGUACUUUGUGAUGGAGAUCCUGGGGGAGUUCCCCGGGCUGCCCGGGCUGUUUGUGGCGUGUGCCUUCAGUGGAACCCUCAGCACCGUGGCCGCCAGCAUCAACGCACUGGCCACGGUGACGUACGAGGACUUUGUGAAGUACUGCUGGGCAAAUCUCUCCAACACAGCCACCACCUGGACCAUCAAAGGCCUUUGUGUCAUCUUUGGAAUAGCCUGCACCUCCAUGGCAGUAGUGGCCUCCUACAUGGGAGGAAUCGUUCAGGCGGCUCUCAGCAUCCAUGGGAUGUGUGGGGGCCCCAUGCUGGGAAUGUUCUCCCUCGGCAUCCUGUUUCCCUGCGCCAACUCUAAGGGCGCCAUCGGAGGGUUUAUCACAGGAAUUGCCGUGGCCUUCUGGGCCGGGAUUGGCGCCUUUAUCUACCCUGCCCCGCCCUUCAACUCAAGGCCCUUACCCCUGAUCACCGAUGGGUGUCCAUGGCUCAACUCAUCCAUCAGCCCUGCCACCGACGCACCCUUCCUCACCUCUCUCCCCCCCAGGCCGCCCCUGGCCGACUCCUGGUACUCCUUGUCCUAUCUGUACCUCAGCGCCGUGGGCUUCAUCACCACCCUCACCGUUGGCCUGCUGAUCACCUCCCUCACCGGAUUCAACAAGGGCAAUAAUGUGGAUCCACUGCUCGUGAGGCCGGUGGGAAAUCUGUUCUGCUUCUGGUCCGAGAGGGGAAAGCAAAUGUGCUGGGGGGGUGCCCACGCCAAACCCCGAGAGCAGGAGCCCAAAUGUACGGACCCGAAGGACGAGGGGAAGAGCAGCAAAGCGAUGGGAGAGGAGUGGCUGGAGACCACACGGACGGGCGCUCCCGACGGGGAGGAGAAGUGUUACUCCAACGCAGGGUUUGUCUCAGAGACACACUCCUUUUAAACGGGACAAAUGCCCUCUGGCAAAGAACCUGGAAAUACGUUAUUUAAUAUGACCCGUUCAGUUUGGUCCCAUUUGCACGCACUCUACUUCCGCUGCGUGGGACAUGCGAUGUGAUGAAAGACUCUUUCAAGAAAAACAUUCAUAAUUCAAUUAAAAAAUAUAGACAAGUAAUAUUCAAACAACUUUAUUACAUCCGUUUCAUACAGUUUCUGUUUCAAUAUGUAUUUUAUUUAUUCAUUUUUUACAUGUAAACAGUAACAUAGUUAACAAUGUUAUUGAUACAUGCCAUCUCACAACUGUUACUGUAUAACAACAUCGUAUUAUACAACAGAAUUAUUUAUGGUCAUGAUCAUGAUGUAGUUUUUUCGAAUAACUAUUCUACCUUCUCAACAACAAUCCUACAUUCUUACUUCAAUUGCAGAAAUAGAGUUAAAGAACAUAAAUGUCCAGUCUUUGCCAAGACGAUUAUGUGCAAGUCCACGCUUAUAUUACUUUGAAUACCAUUCUCUGAUUCUGCUAUUGCCAAUGCUGGAGGGAGUGUAACAAUACCCUUUCAUUGCUUCCAUAUGCUUCUUGAAAAGGGUGAGCUGGUGCAUUGAGCACAAAGCCAGUAACAGAUCAAAGUAUUACAGAGGAGAGAGCGAGAGCCAACCUCACAGUCUUCAGAAUAUAUCUAUAUUCCUUACAUAUUGUAACCCCUUCGCAAAAGAUAAUAUAUUUCUAUUUUAUUUAAAAUUUUGUUUGCACUGGAAGACAAGUGUUAUGAACCAUUUAAAGUGACCUCUCAAAUAUAAAGCCAGCAGCCUUGGGUUUGAGGAUUCUCUAUUAAAAAGAGACUUCCGAGCAUUAACAACAAAUGAAAAGUUUCUACAUAAGUGGUCCUAAAGAUCAACAGAAGAUCGAAGAUCAAAUCAUUUUCACAAGUUCAAAUCAGACACAAGCCAUGCAUACGAAACGUGGGACGAAGGUAGGAGGACAUUUGCACUUGUUCUCUGAAAUCUAAAAAGGCAUCUGAAAUAUCUCAUGACUGCAGCGAUUCAUUUAUUACAACAUGCAUAGAUUUUCGAAAGUCACAAACAUGUGACAGGAACAUACAGUUGACGCCGGGCUUGGCUCACAACCUGUCCUUCAUUUCCUUCCUUCUGAAGUGUGGGCAGAAUGUGUAAGAAAUCACAAAUGGCAAAUAUAACCCAGGAAGUGUAUGUUUGUGAUGCGGUCCCGCCUCAGAGGACCAGGGGGAUGUCGUUGCGCCUGUGAGGCUAUGUGUCGUUAGAUUUGAUCGUACAUGAUGAUUAUUAUAUAGUUGACAAUGUAUGAAGUGUGAUUUGAAUUGGAAGUAGUAAACAUCAUUUGAAUAAGUAACAA